UAUGACAGACGUAAUCGGUUCACAGUGAAUAUCUAUUGCUCUUAAUAUCUUUUUGUUUCUGUACUGUUGUUGUGCAGAGACCACCCUCGACAGCGUGUUGUCGGAGGCUUAGAGCUGUCCACACUGCAUGGGUGAUGACACGAACCGUGUGCUCUUAAAGUAAUAUACUGUAAUGGAGCCUUCGAUAACUUUCUCUUGAGACGCUCAAUAAUCUGUAACCAUGGAGACGCUCGAAGACACUUUCAAGGCCCUGUCAAUCGCCAGACGACUGCAACAUGAUGACCCGACAUAUAUUCUGGACCUAGCCUUCCCUGCUAACUCACAGGCGGAGGUGGUCGCAGUGUGCUGCUCAGACCGUUCUGUGCGUUUGUAUACCGCUAACACGCUCUGUUUGCAGAGGGAAUACCAGGGUCACACAGGCGCGCUGUGCGGAGUGCGGUUUGCGCAUAACUCCUCUGACCUGCUCUUUUCAGGCUCCGCUGACGGAACACUGCGCUGCUGGGAUGUCCGGCAGCCCUGUUCCGAAGCCGUGCAGGUUUUCCAGAGUGACCCGGCGCACUCCUACUGCUCGUUUGAUGCGAGUUGUAGUGAUACGGUCCUGUGUGCAGGCACUGAGAAGGUGAACGAGGACAGCUUCCUCGUGUUCUGGGACGCGCGCAUGGUCAGGAAUGGUGAGGAGAGCCUGAAAAAAGACGGACUGCUGGGGGUGUACUCAGAGUCACACAGCGACGACAUUACGUCGGUUUGCUUUCAUCCGCGACAGGCAGAUCGGUUGGCAACUGGGGCGACGGACGGCCUGGUCAACGUGUUUGAUCUGAGCCAGGGGUCGGAGGAUGACGCCCUGUUCACCACUUGCAACAGUGACUCAUCCGUCAGCUCCAUAUGCUGGGCAGGUAAAGAUCUUCAGCAGCUGUUGUGUCUAAGCCAUGAUGAGGGUCUGCACCUGUGGGACGUGGGACAGCUGGACAGUACAGACCCGCUGACGCUGCUCAGCGCCAACGAUGCCCGCACCCUGGCUGCCCUGCCUGAGGGGAAGUCUCUGGACUACUUUAUAGGUGGCACAUGGCUAGAGGACGGAGGGCAUCUGCUGGUGGCUGGCGGCACCAAUGAUGGAGAGCUCCACCUCCUGGACUGCAGUGGGAGUGGUCUGAGGCUGAUAAGGUCAUUGGUGGGUGGGCACUCGGCCACGGUGAGAUGCUCCCACUGGAGCCCAGUCAGGAGCACUCUGUUCACGGGCGGAGAGGAUGGCCUCCUGCUGCAGUGGAGGCCGGAUGCUGAGGAUGCUGGCGAGGGGAAACGAGACAUGCUGAAGACCAUCUCCGCCAUGCAGCUCAAAUCCAGAUCAUACAGACACCACCCAACAAAGAGAGAGAAAAAACAGCAAGCGUGACACUACAUCUCUAGCUUUUACACCUAAUGGACAGGCCAGCAGGAGUGUGUCUAUGUGCCAAGUGUACAUUUCAUUUUAGAUGUUUUAUGACACCAGACACCUACAUGUAUAUGAAUCCUAUUCUUUACAUUUACACAUACACAGCAGUGCCU